AGAGUGGAAGGCCUCGCGAGAGUUCCCCCUCAGCGUCUUCCCUGAGGUGAAAGUCCACUCGGGACGGAGGAGGCGACGGCGGAGCCAUGUGGGCGGCGCUCCUCUCGCGGCGGAAGGCGGUCUUGUUGCUUCGUCGGUGCCAGAGCACCCUGGUAAUAGCUGAACAUGCCAAUGAGACUCUUACACCUAUUACAUUAAAUGCCAUCACCGCAGCCAAACGUAUUGGAGGCGAAGUGUCUUGUUUAGUAGCUGGCGCCAAUUGUGAAAAGGUGGCCCAGGAGCUGAGCAAAGUGCAAGGGGUGGCCAAAAUUCUCCUGUCCCAGCAUGACGCCUUCAAGGGACUUCUGGCUGAGGAGCUGACACCAUUGAUCCUGGCAACUCAGAAGCAGUUCAAUUACACCCACAUCUGUGCCGGAGCCUCUGCCUUUGGGAAGAGUCUUCUUCCCAGAGUAGCGGCAAAGCUCGAUGUGGCUCCCAUCUCGGACAUCAUUGACAUUAAAUCUCCCGACACUUUUGUCAGGACAAUUUAUGCAGGCAAUGCUCUGUGCACUGUGAAGUGUGAGGAAAAAAUAAAAGUGUUCUCUGUGCGAGGCACUUCCUUUGAGGCUGCCCCAGUGAGUGGCGGCGGGGCUAGUGUAGAAAAAGUAUCUGCUCCUUUGCCGGUUGGUCAGUCUGAAUGGAUUGAACAAAAACUGACGAAAAGCGACCGUCCAGAACUGACCAGUGCAAAGGUGGUUGUAUCGGGUGGCCGAGGCUUGAAGAGUGGAGACAACUUUAAACUGCUUUAUGACCUGGCAGAUCAGCUGCAUGCUGCAGUUGGUGCUUCUCGUGCAGCCGUGGAUGCAGGUUUUGUCCCCAAUGACAUGCAAGUUGGACAGACAGGCAAAAUCGUAGCUCCGGAGCUGUAUAUCGCUGUUGGAAUAUCCGGAGCUAUUCAACAUCUAGCCGGGAUGAAAGACAGCAAGACCAUUGUGGCCAUCAACAAGGACCCAGAAGCCCCCAUAUUCCAAGUUGCAGACUAUGGCUUGGUAGCAGACUUGUUUAAGGUUGUUCCCGAGUUGACAGCUGCCUUGAAAAAAUGAAAAUUCAUCUUGGAAAUGGGGUGCUUGAGAUAAUUUUUUAAAAAGUAAAAUCUUAAAUUAUAUUUUAUCUACUGAAAAAUAAUAGCAACCUUUAAAUUAUUACCAAAAAUGGGAACUCUAGAUGACCUCCGGGAUGCCUUAUAUCAUAUAUCUAUUUUUGCUUUCACCUGUAAUUUAGGUUCUGAAAUGGUCUUUUUUUCUAAUUAUGUAAUAAAUAUGUAUUUCAUGGUGGCAUCUUA